UGCCCCACUUCCAUUGCGAUGUGCGCCUGCCUGCAGGAGGAGAGAGAGGAGACAAGUGUGGGGAGAAGGGCUUUUUUUCUUCCCCCGCAGUUCACUGGCAAGAGAGCAAAACAUGAGCACACUCCAAGAGGACAGACUCAAACUUUGAUACACGGACCUCAAACGUCGCUGUAGUUUUUAAGAGUCGAGAAGGAAACAUCACUUUGUCGCAGGUCGUUGCGGGUGCAUUGGUGUAAAAGGACAGAUCUUGUGCGAUUCUCGCCUCUUCGAAUGUUCCAUCUGCAAACUUCACUUCGCAAAAGGAGCAGUGAGUCGAGCCGUCUUUGCGCCAUAAAGGAAGUAGCCAGGAGGGCUUUAGCUGCCUUUACCCGUCUGGUGUCUUUAAGAAUGUUGGGGCCAACACAUCACAGUACAUCUUGUCACUUUUGACCCAAAAUGGAGCUCAAGGUCUGGGUGGACGGAGUUCAAAGGGUCGUGUGUGGGGUCACUGAGGCGACCACCUGCCAGGAUGUUGUUAUUGCUCUGGCUCAGGCUAUGGGUCGGACUGGAAGAUACACACUGGUAGAAAAGUGGCGGGACACAGAGCGUCAUCUCGCUCCUCAUGAGAGUCCAGUUGCUUCUCUCAAUACGUGGGGUCAAUAUGCAGGUGAUGUCCAGCUGAUUUUGCUUCGUACAGGUCCUUCCCUGACUGAGCGCCCCCCUUCGGAAGGGCCCCCUCUGAGGGGGCCUGAACGUGGCUUUCAUAGGCAGAGCCUCCCUCCACUCGCAAAGCUUCAUCAUCCCAAUGAUCGCUCCCUAUGUCGCCGUGAGCCUCGGCGAAAGUCUCUCACCUUUACAGGCGCGCCACGGGGUCUGAGGGAGAUCCUGAGCGGCGGGCGGACAAGUGAAGCUGAGGCCAAGAGGAGACUUCAUCUUACACACCAUGCUGGAGGAGCCACUGGGAGUACAUCCCAUGGCCUAUGGGCCUGUCGAAUGGAGGAUCUGGUUCGACUGGUUGGCAUUCAGAGAGAAACGCUCAGUGUGCUGCAAAAGAAACUAGAGGUUUAUGAAGUUGAGCUCCAGGCCUGGGAAGAGGUUCGCGCAGGACGAGAUCCUGUCUGCAGCGGGGACUCUGGUGGGGGUCUGAUAGAGGAGAUCUUGAGACUGGAGAAUCACCUGAGGAAGACUGAGGUGGAGAUGGAGGAGGAGGAGUUUUGGACCACUGAGCUGCAGAUCGAGCUGGAGAGUGAGAGGCAGCUAGAAGAGAGACUGGAGGAGCUGCGUGGUCGUCUCCAGAGUUGCGAACAGGAGAUUGAAGAGAAACUAGCAAUAGUGCAGAGAGUAGAAAUUGGUUUGGAGGAGAUGCGGCUACAGAGAGAGCGUCAGGAGACCGAGUGGCUAAAUGAGGCAGAGGUUCGAGCUCAGGUACUCAGAGUCAAAGCAGAGCUGAAAGCACAAGAAAAACAAGCAGUACAGAUGGAGAGCAGCUGCAGAGCUGUGGACAGGUCACUUGGACAAAGCACCAGGAAGCUGCAGGAUAUGCAGCACGAGCUGGAACAGGUAACCAAGGAGCUCAGGCAGGUGAACCUGCAGCAGUUCAUCAAGCAAACUGGCACCAAGGUCACAGUGCUGCCGGCCGAACCUGCAGAGGACGAAAGUACAAGUGGCAAUCGUGUUCUAGAAUUGAUUCCACUAACCGGCUCCCUGAAGCGACCCGUGUCCCUGCAACCAUUGUCCGGUCAUCUACGGGUUUUAAAAAGUCCUUUCAGCUCCAGUCUGAAUCCAGAGGGUAUCUAUGUUUGAGGCUCCACUGCAUCAUGUGCUGCCUGGGACUAUAGCACAAUGGCUCGUUUCUCCUCAGAGCUUUUUCAAUUGCAUAUCUUUAUGGAGGAUACCUCAAUAACACAGAAAUUAUACACUUGUCUAAUGAGACAGCCUUUGGCUAAGGAACAAUGCUGAACUUUGAUGUGAAGGAUUUGUUGGCACACAAAGGUGUGGGGUGAGGCACGCACUUUGUCUCUAAACAUGGAUCAGGCUGCCAUGCACGACUUUUAAAACACAGUCAUUUAAUGUCAUUUUAACCACUAGUAGUUGCUGAAUGUUUUAUACUGGUUUCUUGUUGGUACUAUAAUUCCAAACAACAGCCUUUUUAGAAAGAAUGUGAAUCAAUGAAUUAACCGUUAAGUAGUUAUGCAAUGAACACAAAUACUCUGCCCGAUGCCUGACUAACCUAAAUUAUGAAGAAUAUGAGAAAGUUAUUGAAUAUAAUUUAGUUUAAUGUAAAGCUGACUAUGCAUAAAUAGGUUCUCCUAACUUCAUUUCUUUCUUUGUGUUGAACUAUUUCAUUUUGUACUACUCCAUGAAAUGAAGUCAUUUCACUUAUGAAAUGUUUUAUCAUUUAAUCUUUUUCAAUUUUUGGCCAAAGAUGAACAGCUCUGAGCGCAUGAUUGUGAUGUUCUUAUAGCCAUAUAUGUGCAGAGCACCAACAGUACAGUGAAUCUUUUGUGGCAUGCUACAGGUUUUUAGUGUACAAGUAUGUGUGUAAAUGGGAGAUUGUAGCCGAGCUGCUAACCACAGUAAAGUGCCUUAAAGUGUUCGAAGGGCAGUGCCAGUGAAUGAAGGUGAACGUAAAGCUAUAUAUAGUAGGGGUAUUGAAGAGAUAAGUCUGUAAUAGAGGCAGUUAAAGUAGUGCCACAUCGCUGCAAUUUUAGCAUGGCAACCAAGAAGAAUUAUUCUUGUCAAUAGUUGGUAGACUAUGGAUAAGGCUGUUUUUGUUCACAUAUUACUGGAGUACAUAUUGCCAUUUAGGUGGGGGUUUGUGAAAUUGUCAGUGUUACGAUUCAAAUCAUUCCAGCGAUUCUUUGUACUCCAUUGAGACCAUUAAUUCUGUUGCGGUUUGCAGAUUUAGAAUGUCACUUUGUACAAAUACCAUAAGAGACAUAUUAGCCAGUGUGUAGCCCCCUUUUAUUUUCAAAUGACAUAGCCUAUUGUCAUUUUUUUUGUUAGCAUGACAUAAUCCUAUUGUGGGUAGAAUCCACUUUCCACUUCAACAAACCUACUUGUGUGAUGAGAUGUAGCUGUGAUCACUGUUUACAAUGCUGUUGAGAUUUGCAAGAUGUCAACCGUACCAACAUUUUUUUCAUUCUAAUUUGGCAGAUACAUGGUUGUAACUGUUGGUGGGAUGAGGAUGGCAUGAGUCAAUAAAAACGUCAUAAAAUG